AACUACACACUCCACGACAUUCUCCUGUGUUCGACGGCAACCACCUCCUCUUUGCCAUUUCCCUCAAAUUCUCAACGAAAUUCAACCCGUAUAUAAUCCAUAGAUUGUGUUAUGAUCGCAAAUCGAGUUGUUGUUGGUUCAUUAUGUCGAUCGCCACACGUUUUGCGUCGAGAAUUUCCAGAUCAGCUUCAGCGAACUGGAAAUUGAGUAUAGGGUUUUGUCAACGGAGGUUUAUGAGGGUUUUGACGUGUGAGGAACAGGAAUUGGUCAACCACAGUGACAGUGCCAAGAACCAGAGAUUUGUGGCUGUUUGGGGAAAUGGCGAUUAUGGGAGAUUGGGUUUGGGUAGCUUGGAAUCGAAAUGGAGGCCUGCUGUUUGUUCGGCUUUUGGAGAUGGAAGUCUCCGAGAGAUUGCGUGUGGUGGAGCUCACACCCUGUUCUUAACAGAUACUGGUAAUGUAUAUGCUUCUGGACUCAAUGACCAUGGACAACUGGGUGUGUCAGAUGAUAAAGGCUACACAAUUGAUCCACUAGAAGUUUCUGGACUUCCCAACAAUAUUGUGAAAAUUUCAGCUGGAUAUUAUCACUCUUCAGCUAUUACAGAAAGUGGAGAACUUUAUAUGUGGGGCAAGAAUUCCAGUGGUCAACUUGGACUUGGAAAGAAGGCAGGAAAGCUGAUUCCAUUCCCAAGUAAAGUGGAAUUCCUGAAUGGAGUCCCCAUAAAGAUGGCUGCUUUGGGUUCUGAUCACUCUAUUGCUGUUACAGAAACAGGUGAUGUGUUAAGUUGGGGAGGUGGAGAAUCCGGAAGGCUUGGUCAUGGACACAAAUCGAGCCUCUUGGGCUUUUUGAGUUCUACAAGUGAAUAUACACCAAGGCUCAUUAAGGAACUUGAAGGAGUCAAGAUUAAAAGUGUUGCUGCUGGGAUGCUACAUUCAGCAUGCAUUGAUGAAAACGGUUCCGUAUUUGUUUUUGGGGAAAAAGCAGUACAAAAAUUGGUGUCAAGAGAAGGAAGCACUGUUUCAACUCCUUCUCAAAUAAAGGAAUUACCAUUUUCUCAAGAGGUUGCAUGUGGUGCUCAUCACACAUGUGUCAUCACAAGUGGAGGAGAACUGUAUACAUGGGGCUCGAAUGACAAUGGUUGUUUGGGUACUGGUGAUACACAUACUGUUCAUGUGCCCGAAAGAGUUCAAGGUCCAUUCUUGAAACAUUCUGUUUCCAAGGUGUCAUGUGGAUGGAAGCAUACAGCAGCUAUUUCUGAUGGAAAUGUUUAUACUUGGGGUUGGGGUGGGGCCAUGGGGACAUUUUUUGAAGCCGAGCAUUCUUCUGGUGGACAGUUGGGCCUAGGAGAUGAUGUAGACUACGUUGAACCAACGUUUGUUGACUUUGGUGAGAAUGUGAAAGCAGUACAGAUCUCAUGUGGGUUCAACCACACGGGAGCUGUACUCGAAUACAACUAAUGCUCCAGUCAUCCGAUACUCAUAUCAGAUGAUAGUAUCGGAUGACUGAUUGAUUCGAGCAGUUAGUCAUCUGAUACUGAUAUAUCGGAUGACUAGAUCAGUCAUUCGAAUCAGAAUCGAAUGCAUUGGUGCAAAUCAAGAUCAGUCAUUCGAAUCAGAAUCGAAUGCAUUGGUGCAAAUCAAGAGUAAAUAACCAUCAUACAAAAUAAGGCUAUACGUACAUUUAUGAUUCUCAAGCGUAUAGUGUUGUAUAUGAGGUUCUUGUUUAUUCUAAAAACAAACGUGUUAUGAUU